AUGCCAAAGCGAAAGCAUUCCGAAGUCGACCUGUCUGGAGAUGGUGACGAAAAGCUCAACCGAGUAAAAGCGACUCGACUGGGACACAAAUUUGAACGGGGAUCGCAACUACUUUUUCGCGCAUUGAAAACAGCUCGAGGAUUCGAAAGGCAGAAAUUAGGUAGACGGCAGAAAACAGCUAAGGGAGAUGGUGACUCGAAGACACUGGAGCGCUUGGAGAAAGAGGUGCACGCUUUGAAGGCCCUUGAUCUCGAAGAGAUAGCGCAGCGAUACCUCCUCAAACAAUUGAACAAGACGAAGCGGAUAGCCGAGUCUCCUGAAUUUGUGCGACUAGAAAAAAGCAUAAACGCUUCAUUUGACGUCGGCCCUGGACCGCGCGAUCCUGCUGAAGCAAACGUUACUGCGAGAUUGUUUAAAUCGAAUCCUGUCCAGACUGCGCUGCCUGAUAUUUUGACUGACAUUCGAACUCUACUGGGUGUUGACGAGAUUCCUACAAGAAAGCAACAGCAAAAGCAUGUGAAAAAGGAAGCAACUCAAAAUGAAGAGACCGCUAAAGAGCCGGAUGAACCUCAAAUAGAGACGGAUAUGCGCUCUCAUAAAAUGGAGGGUCGCAAUUCAAGGGCCGAAGACUACUUGAAUGAUGUCAAUAUGGAUGAUGUAUCAGAUGACGGUGAUAGCCUAGAUCUCUCUCAAUUUGAUGCACGCCUCGCAUCGGCAUCAGAGGGUUCGAAUUCUGAGGAAGAAGAAUUUGGCUAUUCCCGCAUCAAAAUAACCUCGCCAUCCAACAGAGACAACCACGAAAUACCAGAUGAUAUUUCAAUAUCUUCCUCCCCAGCAUCCUCUAUCAUAUCCCAGAACCCAUCUGAAUCUCCUCUACCAACUUCCGUCUCACCACCCAAAACCCACAAAAAGGAAAAGAGUGACGAACAACGUCCAAAAAAUACCACAUUCCUCCCUUCAUUAAUGAUGGGCGGUUACUGGUCAGGCUCUGAAUCAGAUCCUGAAGAAGACGAAGUCGCUGCUGCUGCUGCAGGCAGUAGACCGCAACGGAAGAAUCGAAUGGGCCAACAGGCACGGCGGGCUCUAUGGGAGAAGAAAUACGGUGCUAGAGCAAAACAUCUCCAGGAACAAGAGAAAAAUAGCAAGAAAAGCAAGAAUAAGGAUAGUGGCUGGGAUGCGCGGCGUGGCGCUACGGAUGAGAAUGAUAAACCGAAAUGGGCUGCCGGUGCUGGUAAGCGAGGGAUAUCUUCGCUUGGGAAGCGGGAUAAUCAUGCAAGGGAUAGCGGGAAUGGAAAAGCUACAAUGACAAACAAUAAAAGCUCUUCGUCAGCUGCCACAGCCGGGUUGCAUCCAUCGUGGGAGGCAGCCAGGAAAGCUAAGCAGCAAAAGGCUCAGGCUUCUUUUCAGGGGAAGAAGAUCACUUUCGAUUAG